UGGUAAGUGAAGUUAGGUUUGUAAUGGAAUGCUCAUAGUUCUCUAGUAGCUAAUUUCAGCCUAAGCUUAGUUCCGUCUGUAUAUGUGUGUACCCAUUUCGAAUAUAUAUUUUGCAAUAGAAAGCGACCCUGGAAAAGGGUCUCAAUUUGCCUUACUAAACGUUUGUAUCAUGCUUGUGUGUAAAUUAUGUUUAAUUUUUGUACAUAUAUAAGAAACAAUAAAGAAAUCUAAUUUAAGUGAUAUUCUUAUCGCCUACUGUUAACUGGAAAAAUUAUUAGUUUGUGUGCUAAGCAGAUCGUUCAAGAGUGUGGUUAUUAUAUUCAAGAAAGACAUAUGACGGGCCUUAGUAGUUCCUUUGCGAGUAACUUCUAUAUUGGCAAGAUUUAGCCCGAUGAAGGAUUUAUAUUCUCACUAUUACAUAUGAGUGUUCUGUCAAUAUACUUUAAUGGAUUUUCCUCAAUGACAAAUCAUUAGCCAUUCUUUUACUAUAGUACAAAUCUCAUAUAAUGUCAGAUGAUGAUGCCACCUUGGAUUCAAUGGAUACUGAGGAAGAUAUAUUUAAUCCCCAUAGUGAUUCUGUUAGAAGAGCUAAGUCAUUGCGUACUUUACGUUCGCAUUCACAUAGUACUAGCUCACAUAUGACUAGGAAUAAUUUAAGUGUACGACGUAGCACUCGUAAUAGAAUGCAAACCUAUGACAACCUCAAUACUAGUUGGAUUUUAGGAACGCAAACUUUAAAAGGAUAUCCUAUGUUUCAACAACAUGGAUCUUCAUCUGAUAAAGAAAUGGUAGAUGAAGUACCUGACAGGAAGCGUGAUUUACGUGAUCGUAUGCCUUUAAGAUCACGUGAAAAUCAUCCUCCUAAUAAAAAUUCAAGCAGACAUAUUAGAGAUAGAUCUGAUCAUGAUCAUCAAAAUAGUAGAGAACUUAGGGGACGAUCUGAUCGUGAUCUUAGAGAAAAGUCGGAACAGGAAAAAGAUAUUAGAGAACAUAAAGAUAGACAAGGACGAGAAAAGCAAGAUAGAGAACAUAAGGAUAAAUUAGAAACAAGAAAUAAGUCUGAAGUAAGAACAUCAAAUGAAGAAAAGGAAACAAGAACAAGCAAAUCUAAUAGUCCAUGUAGGCUUAGAGAAGGACCUGUGACUAGGCUGUGUGGAAAUUCUUUAGAUAAAACUGUAAAAUCGAAAGUAGAACAAGACGAAGCAGAAGAUAGCUCGCAUGAGAGCGAGAAACAAGAAAAUAAUGAUAAUUCUGAGAAUGAAGAUGGAUAUGAGGAUAUGUAUACUCGUAUUAAGCGUACUAGAAGAACUACCCAACGACAAUUACCAAGGGGUAAGAAGCUUACAGUUGUAGAUAGUGAUUUAAGUGAAUCAUCAGAUUCUCCUGGCCCUAGAAAAUACAGUUUACGUCAAAAAAAACCAACUGUAGAUAGAUUUCAAGCUAAUGUUGAACCAGUUAGACGAUCUAUAAGAGCUCUCAGGAGUGUGCUUAGCAAUUCUAUGAGAAGACGAAAGCACAGAAGCAAAAGUACAAGUUCAAGUGAUUCUAGUGAUUCGGAACCGCAACGAUAUGAUAAAAAAAAAGGAAAAAAAGCAAGGCAAUCAGCAAUACCCCAAGGCGGUCCUCCAGAUCGUAAAGCAGAUAUAAAUCCAAUUACGUUAGAUACAAAUAUUAGGUUCAGUGAUGUAGGUGGCUUAGAAUCACAUAUCCACUGCCUUAAAGAAAUGGUUGUUUUUCCUAUGAUGUAUCCAGAAGUUUUCGAAAGAUAUCAUAUCACACCUCCAAAAGGUGUCCUCUUUCAUGGCCCACCAGGAACUGGAAAAACAUUAAUAGCUAGAGCAUUAGCAAAUGAAUGUAGUCAGGGUAGUAGAAAAAUGGCCUUUUUUAUGAGAAAAGGAGCAGAUUGUUUAUCAAAAUGGGUUGGUGAAUCAGAACGGCAAUUGAGAUUGUUGUUUGAGCAGGCUCAACAAAUGAAACCGUCCAUUAUAUUUUUCGAUGAAAUUGAUGGUCUUGCACCUGUUAGAAGUACCAAGCAAGAUCAAAUUCAUGCUAGCAUCGUAUCUACCCUUUUAGCACUUAUGGAUGGUCUUAGUGACAGAGGAGAGGUUAUAGUAAUUGGUGCAACAAAUAGAAUAGAUGCAAUUGAUCCUGCACUACGAAGACCUGGUCGUUUCGAUCGUGAAUUAUUUUUUCCUCUACCUGCAAUGAAAGAAAGAUUAGAAAUUUUGAAAAUUCAUGUUAAUAAGUGGGAAAAUCCACCAACUGAACAAUUAUUAGAAAUAUUAGCUGAAAAAGCAACUGGUUAUUGCGGUUCGGAUUUAAGAGCUUUAUGCACCGAAGCGGUACUACAGGGAUUAAGAAGAACAUAUCCACAAAUUUAUAUGACCAGCAAUAGAUUGCUUUUGGAUCCUCGACAAGUAGAAGUAAAAAAACAAGAUUUUAUGCAGGCUAGUUCUACUUUAAUUCCAUCAUCACAAAGAGUAACUCCUUGUGCAGGCAGAAAAUUACAACCUUUUAUGGAGCCUCUAUUAGGUCCUCCAUUAGAAGAAUUGAUUGGUUUAGUAAAGGGAAUAUUUCCUCAAGGUGUCAAUCCAGCUAUGGCAAAAGUGAAAGUUACUAAAGGAAUACAUCGUCCAAGGUUAUUAGUUUCUGGUGGUAAUUUAUCUAAGGGUCAAGGACCUCAUUUAGCACAGGCUCUAUUACAUCAUAUGGAACAUUUACCAGUACAAACAUUAGAUGUUAGUACACUUUUUGCAGAAAGUGCACGUUCUCCAGAAGAAACCUGUGUGCAGGUGUUUAAUGAAGCUACCAGAAAUGUACCGUCCAUUAUUUAUAUACGUUCGAUUGAUCAAUGGUGGCCACUGGUUCCAGAGACCGUAAAAGCUGUUUUUUUGUGUCGUAUUGCAGCGCUUGAUACUUCAUUGCCUAUAUUGAUUCUUGCAACUAGUGACGAAACAUAUCAAGAUCUUCCUAUGCAAUUAAAAAAUCUUUUCAGUGAACUUCGUGGCGAAGUAUAUACUAUGAAAAUUCCAAAUUCGGAACAAAGAUCGAAAUUUUUCAAGCCUAUAUUUACGGUUCAAAGUUUAAGACAACCACAAAUUAAGGAUAACAAAGUUCAAGUAUUAGAGGAACUUCCUUUGGCUCCAGAUCCAAUGCCAAAGAAGUUAUCCGACGAAGAGAAAAAGAUGUUGUAUGAAAAAGAAGAAGUAUCUUUAAGAGAACUUAGGAUUUUCUUGAGGGAAAUAUGUGCCAAACUUGCUAGGAAUCGACAAUUUUUCAUGUUCACAAAACCAGUAGAUACCGAAGAAGUACCCGAUUAUAAUAUGAUAAUAAAGCAACCUAUGGAUUUGGAAACUAUGAUGACUAAAAUUGAUAUGCAUUGUUACCUAUGCGCUCGAGAUUUUCUGGAUGAUAUUGAUCUUAUUUGUAGAAAUGCAUUGGAAUAUAAUCCAGAUAGCUUGCGUGAUAGGCCCUCCCUUGGGAUAUUGAAGAGGGAUCCAGCGGAUAAAUUGAUUAGACACCGUGCCUGUUCUCUUCGUGAUAAUGCAUAUGCAUUGAUUAAGGCUGAAUUGGAUUCUGAUUUUGAAGAUAAGUGUCGUGAAAUAUCUAAAAAUCGUAAAAUUAUUGAAACCAAUCAUAAUGACGAAAUGCAAAAUAAAAUUACAAAAGCAGAGAUUACAUUGUCAAAUGAGAAAAAUGAUAAAAAAGAUCCUGAAUUAGUAGUAAAUAAUACACUUUCUGUAAACGGGAAAAGAUUUAGUCAAUCCAGAAAACGUAAGAUUCCUGCUUGGGCUAGAGGAUACGUAAAGAAGGUGCAAAAGAAAAAGAAAAUUAGCUUCGACGGUAAUAUUUCUGAAAUAAACAGUAAGGUAUGUCUAACUAAUGAACCCUCAGUUGGUAUAGAUUUAGAGAAAUUUCAAGAAUUUGAAACAGAAGCAAAUAGUGUUUUAAAUGGUCAUGUACCACUAUAUGAUAACACUGAUUCUGAGAAUGAUUCGCAAAAUGAAAACUCCAAGGACAUUCAAAUAAAUCACAAUGACAAUAUGAUAGAGCAGCGAAUUGAUGAUUUUGAAAAUGUGGAAAUAUGUUUCAUAGAAGAUGAUAAGAAUAUUGGAAAUGAUGUUUCAAGUUCAUCAUCCAGACGAGAAAGUUUAGAUGAAUUAUCAUUUGCAAUUGAGAGUGAUUCUAGUCCAUCAAAAGUUGAUGAAAACGAUAAAGUGAUUAUUGAUAAAAAUGAACUUGAAACUGCUUGGUUGCACACUGUGGAUGUUACAAAGGAUUUCUCUGUGGAGGUAUUGUGUGACAUUUAUGUGCAAUUAAGUAGGUGUGUAGGAAGAUACGCGCAUCAUUACGAUAGAAAAUCACUGCCAAAGUACGAGAAAAAAAAGAGAGAGAGAAGAAGAAGAAGAGGUUCCUUUUCGUACACGAACUCAUCAAUUUUUACGAAUAUGUCGGCUACAAAGGAUUUUUCAAAUAUCGGUGGCUUGGACAAACAUAUUAGAAUAGUGAAAGAGAUGGUCCUCUUUCCACUUAUGUACGGUGAUGUUUAUGCCAAGUUCAAUUUGAAACCACCACGUGGUCUUUUGUUCUAUGGUCCACCAGGAACGGGCAAGACUUUGGUAGCAAGUGCAUUGGCAUCGGAAUGUAGUACCUCUGAACGCAAGGUCUCUUUCAUAUCACGAAAGGGAUCAGAUUGUUUGAGCAAAUGGGUUGGUGAAAGUGAGAAAAAACUUGAAAAAAUUUUUAGUAUGGCUCAACAAACGAAACCUUGUAUCAUCUUCUUCGACGAAGUUGAUGGUUUAGCACCGAUAAGAACAAGUCGUCAGGAUUUUGUACAUGCGAGCGUUGUUUCUACGCUAUUGGCUCUGAUGGAUGGACUCGAGAACAAUUCGGAGAUUAUAGUAAUUGGUGCUACUAAUAGAAUCGACGCCAUUGAUCCAGCGCUAAGAAGACCAGGAAGAUUCGAUCGAGAACUUUAUUUUCCUUUACCUUCUUACUCUGCUAGGAAAGACAUACUUUCGGUUCACAUUAAAAGUUGGAAACAUAAACCUCCUCAAAAGUUCCUCGCUUAUUUGGCUUCGAAAACGGUAGGAUAUUGUGGUAGCGAUUUGCAAGCUCUCUGCGCCGAAGCUGUCAUGUGUUGCGUUCGAAGGCAUUAUCCGGAAAUUUACACGUCGAAAUCAAGACGCUACAUAAAUGAGCGUCACCUCAAGGUCGAGAAACAAGACUUUCUGAAGGCCCAGGAGAACAUCGUUCCAGCGUCUCACAGAGUGGUCAUAGCACCAGUGAAAUCCUUAUCGAUCAGAAUCCAACCACUUUUACGAGAUCAUCUUUCCACCAUUCAAUCUCAGUUAAAAAUCCUUUGUCCAACGGGAAUGUUGACAUCGGAUGAUAUUGUCGGCAAAGCGAACUCAAGAUCAACCGCCUGUCCUAGAAUAUUAUUAUGCGGUGAGGAUGAUUCACAUACUCGCCAUUUAGGUCCAGCUUUGCUUCAUGAAUUAGAUCAUUUACCUUGUCACGUAUUGGACGUAACAACGCUCUUCGAAGAAACUGGUAGGGCUGCCGAAGAGACGAUCAUUCAGAAAGUGAAAGCAGCACGUCGUACUUUACCAUCGUUGUUGUACAUACCUGAUAUUUUAUCAUGGUGGAGCCUAGUCGACGAAACAGCACGUGUAGUUUUUGCUUCCCUGAUGAGAGAUCUCGAUAAUACAGUCUAUAUGUUGAUUCUUGCAACCGCUAAUUCCUCUUACGAGAAUUUACCUUCAGAGGUUAAAAAUUCGUUCGAUCAAAAUCAGAAUGAGGUGUUCAAAGUAUCAUUACCUGGCUUGCAAGAACGUCAAUCUUUUUUUCUACAGCUCUUUUCAAAUUCAACAUCGGAUGCUGUUUCUAGCAGAUCCUCGCAAGAUUUUAUACAAAUUAUGGAUCCGAAGAAAACGAAGGUCGAACAUGGGAAAAAAUUUAAAAUGGACUCACUAAAAGAUUUCAAUGGACAACGUGGACGCCAACACACGGUGGAUGGAUCUACGACAAAAAAGUCAAAACCUCGGAACAAACUUGCUGCUGUUCGAUCCACUCAAUCGGCGACCAAAUCAAUUAAUAUUAAGAGAGAAUGUAGUGCAUCAGGAGAAGGGCCAGCACCGAAACGCUCUAGAAUGUCACGUACGCCUUCCAAUAUCUCAAGUGUUGAGGGUGUAAUGGAUCCACAACUACAAGGAUUAUUCCAGAGGAUCAUCGAAUCAACGGAGAACUGGACAAGUAAUCAGUUAGAAAAUUUAUACGGUUCGUUGGAACAUAUUUUGGAAAGAAAAAAUGAGAAUGAUAAUAUGUCGAACAUUAUUCAAAAUUGUCUUCUAGUUUUAGAAGAAUCGAAGAAAAGAAAAAUAUUUUUUGAUUAUGAAGAUGAUUAAUGAUAAAACAGAAAAUAAUUACGAUAAGUCUCUUGAGAUUGUCCAAAUGUAUUUUUCUUUUUUUUUUUUUUUUUCCCAAUAACAAAUUUACUCGUCAUCGUCGUCGUUUGUAAUUGCUUGAAUAUUUGUUCG